UUUUGUGUUUUGAAAUUUCAUAUUUAGACCAGUCUUUACCUGCGCACAAAGAUGCCACGCUCCAAACGCGAUAAGAAAGUUUCGUUAACAAAGACCGACCGCAAGGGUCUGGCUUGGAAACAGCGAUUCGUCGAUGAUAUCAGAUUCUGUGUAGGAAAGUACCCCAAUAUAUUUGUGUUCCAGGUGCAAAACAUGCGCAACAGUAUACUGAAGGACCUGCGACAGGAAUGGAAGAACAACUCGCGCAUCAUCUUUGGGAAAAACCGCGUAAUGCAAAUCGGCCUGGGACGCACAAAGAGCGAAGAAAUGGAAGCAGGUCUGCACAAGCUCGCCAAGCGCCUUAACGGCCAGGUGGGUCUACUGUUCACAGAAAAGUCCAAAGAGGAAGUCUUGGAAUGGGCAGAAAAUUACUGGGCGGUGGAAUAUGCGCGAAGUGGUUUUAUCGCAACCGAGACGGUUACAUUGCCAGCCGGUCCCCUCGAGGACUUUGCCCACUCCAUGGAGCCCCAUUUGCGUUCGUUGGGCAUGCCCACCAAGCUGGAAAAGGGCAUCGUGACCAUCUACAGUGAUUACACCGUAUGCGAAGAGGGAAAGGUCCUUACACCCGAGCAAGCGCGUAUACUCAAAUUGGUGGGCAAACCAAUGGCCAAGUUCCGAAUGACGAUUCAGUGCUCCUGGACAAAGAGUGAUGGCUUCCAGUUGCACGUUGAGGACGGAAUAAACGACGAAACCCAAGUCGACAGCGCCGUAGAAGAGGAUGCCGAGGAAAUGGACGAAGAUGAUGAUAAUGAGGACGAAGCUGAAUAAAUUAGUUUUAAGUUUAGAAUUAAUUUUUUAUGUAUAUAUGAAGUAAAAUACAUAUAUAUGCACAUACUUUUAUCAGA